CGCUCUCUCUCUCUCUAAACUCAUCAUUUGUUUCUUCUAUUAAUUCCAUUUCUUACCCUUUUCUCUCUGCUUUCUAGAGAGAGAGUUUCAAAUUCAAACCCCAAAAUCCCAAAAAGUGCUUUUGCCAGAAGCAGCUCAGCAAUGCCUGCCUCUAACGAUGUCUCUUCUCCUUCUCUUCCCCUUACUCUUAAGUUUGUAGACGUGAGUUAUCGGGUGAAGAUGGCUGAUAAAAAUGGAAACACUAUGGGACGGGUUUUCGGGUGCGGGGCCGGUGAGACAUCGGCCCCAGCCGUCCAGGAACGGAAUAUUUUACAUGGGAUCACCGGGAUGGUGUCUCCGGGAGAGAUUCUGGCCAUUCUUGGGCCAUCGGGGAGUGGCAAGUCGACCCUCCUCAAUGCGCUGGCCGGAAGGUUACAAGUAAGAUUUUUGGCCGGAAGGUUACAAGGGAACGGUCUGACAGGUUCAGUCCUGGCAAAUGGUAGGAAACUGACCAGACCGGUACUCCGGCGGACCGGAUUCGUGACGCAGGAUGAUGUUCUUUACCCUCACUUAACCGUGAGAGAGACGCUCAUAUUCUGCUCCCUCCUCCGCCUGCCGUUGUCGUUGUCAAAGCAAGAGAAGAUCGCCGUGGCCGAGUCCGUGAUCGCCGAGCUCGGUCUCGGCAAAUGCCAGGACACAAUCAUCGGCAACGCGUUCAUCCGCGGCGUGUCAGGCGGGGAACGGAAGCGGGUCAGCAUCGCCCACGAGAUGCUCAUAAACCCGAGCCUGCUGAUCCUGGACGAGCCGACGUCGGGGUUGGACUCGACCGCGGCGCACCGGCUGGUGAGCACCAUGGCGGGGCUGGCCCACAAGGGCAAGACCAUCGUGACCUCAAUCCACCAGCCGUCGAGCCGGGUAUACCAGACCUUCGACUCGGUGCUGCUUUUAUCGGAAGGAAGGUGUUUGUAUUAUGGCAAAGGAAGUGAAGCAAUGAGCUAUUUUGAGUCCAUUGGAUUCACCCCCUCUUUUCCUAUGAACCCUGCUGAUUUCCUCCUCGAUCUCGCCAACGGUGUGUACCAAGUUGACAAUACAAGUGAAGUGGACAAACCCAACAUGAAGCAAACCCUAAUUUCUUCUUACAACACUCUGUUGGCUCCAAGGGUAAAAACAGCUUGCAUGGAAAGCACUUGUACAAAGGAAAGGGAAACAAUGCUGCUGUCUGGAGAAGGGAAACACAGCAGCAAAACCAGUCUCCUCUCAUGGUGCAACCAACUCACCAUCUUGCUCCAGAGAAACCUCAAAGAACGAAAACACGAAACCUUCAACGCUCUCCGAGUUUUCCAAGUCAUCACCGCGGCGAUGCUCGCGGGACUGAUGUGGUGGCACUCCGAUUACCGAGACGUUCAAGACCGCCUCGGCCUCCUCUUCUUCAUCUCCAUCUUCUGGGGAGUUUUCCCCUCGUUUAACGCCGUCUUCGCCUUCCCCCAAGAGCGAGCGAUCUUCCUCAAGGAGCGAGCCUCCGGCAUGUACACGUUGUCGUCGUAUUUCAUGGCGCGAAUCGUCGGAGACCUGCCUAUGGAGCUCAUUCUUCCCACCAUUUUCCUCACGGUGGCGUAUUGGAUGGCGGAGCUGAAGCCAGAGCUCGGUGCCUUUCUCCUAACGUUGUUGGUGCUCCUCGGCUACGUGCUCGUCUCGCAGGGGCUCGGCCUCGCCUUAGGGGCAGCGAUCAUGGAUGCCAAACAAGCGUCCACCAUCGUGACCGUGGCGAUGUUGGCGUUUGUGUUGACAGGAGGGUUUUAUGUACACAAAGUACCAUCCUGCAUGGCUUGGAUUAAGUACAUUUCGACGACGUUUUACAGUUACAGGCUCUUCAUCAACGUACAAUAUGGUAGCGGAGAGAAGAUAUGGUCGUUGCUCGGCUGCUCGAGCCACGGAGGUGCGAGGGCGAGCUGCAGAUUUGUGGAAGAAGAUGUGGCAGGGCAAAUAAGCCCUGCAUACAGCAUUGGGGCUUUAUUGUUUAUGUUUGUGGGUUAUAGGUUAUUGGCAUAUUUGGCUCUGAGACGCAUCAAAUAGAAAGAAGAAGAAGGAAGGAGAAGGGGCAAGUUUGUUGAGCAAAUGAAGCUGCAUUUGCAAUGUUGACACACUUUGAAAGGAUUUUCCACUAACAAAUUUGGUUGAUCUCUCUUCAACAACUAAUGAUGAUUUGGGUAAAUGUAAAUAGUCAAAAUGAAGGUUAUGAAUGCUUUUUAGUACCAAAUAUAUGCAAUAUGGGAAGCCAUAUAGUUGUCUCUUCUCUAGCUAGCUAGAAGAUCCGUCAAUAGAUUGAAUAAAGUUGAUUUUUGAUGAUUUC